AUGGAAGAUGGAUAUGUGGAUGUCAAACGUCCACCGCCAGUUGAAGAUGAUCAAUACAGUCAUCGUUCAAGGCAAUAUUCUCUAGAUGCUCCGCAACCAUCUUCACCUAUAAAACCCCAAUUGACUCAUGCAUCUUCGAGUAACGCAACAUCGCAAUCCCACCAUCAAGAAUAUCGACACGACUCAACAUCUACUUCACGUCCUAGUCUUAGUAAUGAAAAGAGAUUAUCUUCCGGAUUAGGUGGUGGAAUGGGUAGUUUAGGAAGUGUCAAAAAUGCAGGACAGGAAGAUGUGAUACCUGUAGGAUUCGAUGAAGGAAUUCUAAGAGGUUUAUGCGAAAUAGACUGCGCUUUACCGUUGUUAGCAGAUAGGAUAAAGCAAAGUAUCGCUUCUUGUAAACAAGUAGCCGUGUUCUUUCGAUCGCGAGCUGAGAUAGAAGAGAAAUACGCUAGAUCAGUUACUGAGUUGUGUCGUACAACCGGUGAUGUAUAUUCUAGAGCGGAUUGUAAAGCUGGAUCUUUCGUUUCUUCUUAUCAAAGUGGUUUGAAAUUGCAAGAACAACUUGCUCAAAAUAGAAUACGAUUCUCUCAGCGGUUGAACGAGAUGAGUGACGAGCUUUUGAGUCUGGCAAGGGAAGGAGAGAAGAUGAGGAAGAUUCAUAAAGAUAACGGAUCACGGUAUCAAGGAAUUUUACAAGAAUCAGAAACAGUAAUGGAUAAAGCUAAAGGGCGAUUUGAUGCUACUGCAGAAGAAUUAGAAAGAUUACUCGUAGCUAAAGAAGGUGAAUCUUUCAAAGAUGCAGGUAUGAGAUCAUCAGCUUCAACAUCCUCAUCAUCAACUUCCAAUAACAUGCAACAUGGAGGUAAAAGAGCUCUAGGCAAAGCGAUGACUAAAGGAGGAUUACUCUUUAAAGGAAAAGGAGCAGGUUCGAUCCAAAGACAAGAAGAUGAUGUAAGAGCUAGAAUGGCUCAAUCGAGUGAAACCUUUAGAAAAGCUGUUUUGGAAAGUCAAGCUCUCAGACAAGAAUAUUUCAAUUUCCAAUUACCGAAAAUCUUAAGGCUUCUGAAAGAAUGUGCCGAUGAAUUGGAUCUGGGAACUCAGUACCACCUCACUCGCUAUGCUUUUUUAUAUGAAUCCACGCUGGUAGCCGAUGGCACUACCCUGAAUCCCAUGAGUGCAGCGGAUGAAGGCCCCGGAUUGAAGACGAUCUACGAGAGCAUUGACAACCGAACGGACUUUAAAUCUUACAUGCAGAAUUAUGCAGUAGCGAGAGGAACUCCCAGAGGACCUCGAAGAGAUGGUCCAUACGAGGAAGGCUUUUUACCGCCACUCCCACCUCAUAUUCAACGUACAGUGGAUGCCGCAUCUCAACCACAACCUCAACAAUCUACCUCUCAAAUUCAAGGCCCAUCCCAUGUAUCCCAGAUAUCGAUAGGAUCAAACUCCACUGCUCAGUCAUCAGCGUCAACAAACGGCACUGCUUACCCAAACUCCUCACAAAAUACGUCAUUCGCACAAAAUUCUCAAGCAACCCUGCAUAACGACACUUCAUCCGAUGGAUGGGUUCCUCCCGGUAUACCAGCUGCAUCAGGAGCGACAUUUGGUGUGGAUCUAGGUGAACAGUUGACUAGGGAUGGAGUGGAAGUACCUAAAGUAGUGGAGAAAUGCGCUCAAGCCAUUGAAGCUUACGGAUUGGAUUCAAUGGGUAUAUAUAGAUUGUCAGGUACGACAUCAAGAGUACAAGCGCUGAAGAAUGCGUUAGACAAAGAUGUGGAAAACGUAGAUAUCAUGUCAGAUGAAUGGUCAGCGGAUAUCAAUGUCGUUUCGGGAGUUUUGAAAUUAUGGUUCAGGGAGUUACCUGAGCCAUUGCUCACUUUCGGACUGUAUCAUUCAUUCAUCGAAGCUGCUCGAUACGAAAACGAUCGGUUACGCCAUAUAAGGUUACAUGAACAAGUAAACGAACUACCAGAUCCCAAUUAUGCUACUUUGAAAUUCUUCAUGGGUCAUCUGGACCGUGUAAGAAGGAAAGAGUCUGUAAAUCAAAUGUCUGUCUCAAAUCUGUCAAUAGUGUUCGGGCCAACAUUACUAGGUGCGCCUCCGGAAGAAGGUGGAUUGAAUCUGGAGCAUAUGAGCUUCCAAUGUAAAGCAAUCGAAACUAUCUUAGAGAAAUACAACGAAAUCUUUGUUGAAGAAGAUGGAGGAGGAAGUCGUGACGAUGAUCCUGCGCAGGCGCAGGUAUAA